AUGAGGGAACUGAUACAAGAAUUGUGCAAACUCUUCGUUGACGGGUCAUCCAACGAAAAUGGAUCGGGAGCUGGCAUAAUCCUAAUUGUACUUGAAGGACAUCGAUUCCAUACAACUCUGAGAUUUGUUUUUGACGCAUCCAACAACGAAGCAGAGUACGAGGUUUUGUUGGCUGGAGUUCGGGUAGCAAAAGAAUUUAAAGAAAAUGAGAUUCAAUGUUUUAUUGAUUCUCAACUCGUGGUUAAUCAUGUAUUGGGGGAAUACAAGGCUCGAGGAAUCAAAAUGGAAGCUUGUCUAGCUAAGGUGAAAACUGAACUGUCAAAGUUUGAAUUCUACUCCAUCGAACAAGUACCACACGAGCAUAACACAAAUGCAGAUGCUUUAGCCCAACUCGCCACCAAAACUAAAACAGACACAUUGAAUGUGGUCCCUGUAGAAUUCUUGGCCACGAGAGGUUGGAAUGAUUUGCGAAGGAUCGACUUGGAUGACUCCAAUGAUUGA